AUGGCCACCGCUUGGGCGCAGAAGCAGUUCUCGCUCCCCGCCAAGUCGCGCGGGUCCUAUCUCAUCACGGACGACGUCCUCAAGGCGGUGCCCGAGAUCAAAGACUUCAAGGUCGGCAUCCUGCACCUGUUCGUGCAGCACACAAGCUGCGCCCUCAGCCUUAAUGAGAACUGGGACAGCGACGUCCGGGCCGACAUGAGCGAUGCACUGGACCGCAUCGCGCCCGAGGCGGGGCCCAAGGGCGAGGCGCUGUAUCGCCACGACGACGAGGGUCCGGAUGACAUGCCGGCCCACAUCAAGAGUGCGCUGAUCGGUGCGAGCGUGACCAUCCCCAUCAAGGACGGCAAGCUUGCAACCGGCACAUGGCAGGGCAUCUGGUAUCUCGAGUUCCGCGCCUCGAAGCACCAGCGGAGGCUCAUGGCGACAAUCCAGGGCCAGAAGGCGUAA